AUGCCCAGCGCCAUUGUGAGCCAAUUGAGACGAAAGCUUCCUCUCUUACCUAGCACAGGCCUUAGCAGCAGUCUUUCAGAAUUCUCUCACAAUGUGCCAGAAGAAGUGACGACUUCAAACCCCCUAGUCACUCAUGUCCAAGGUAGAGAUAAGCGACAAGAGCCAUGCUUCCCAGCUCCUGGGCCUAGUGGCAAAACGCCAUAUGUUGGGGAUUCUUCUAACCUCAACUACUUGAUCCAACAAUUUGGGAAUCCCUUCGGGGAUACGGAUGUUCGCCCACUUCAGGACCACCUCCAUGGCGCCAUGCUAGCUCGGGUGGGUAGAUCGACGACGCAAGAGAUCGAGAGGCUUCAUAAAUCUACCAUUGAACACCUCAAGAAACAAGGGGCAUUCGAUCUACCAUCACCAGAAACCAGCCAGGCGCUCCUCGACACUUACUUUCAUUAUUCACUUGCUGCGCUUCCUAUUCUUGAUAGGUCAAGGUUUCUAGUCACUCUCGAGGAGGGCUCAUUCUCACACUUGCUCUUAAAUGCUAUUUACCUCGCUGCAACUAUCUAUUGUUCGGAUUCAGUCAUUGCUGAUGCCGGAUUUCCGUCCCGAUACGCUGCAAGUCUCACGUUCUACCAGAGAGCCAAAUCUCUUUAUGAUGCUGGAUAUGAAACCGAUGUAAUCGCUACGAUUCAAGCCACCUUCCUUAUGUGCCAUUGGUGGAGUGGUCUUCUAGAUCACAAAGACUCUUGGUACUGGCUUGGUAUCUCCGCAGGGAUGGCACUCGCUUUAGGAAUGCAUCAAGUGUGCGUCUACUCGCUCCUCUAA